AGCUCCCACACAGCCAGCACACACACCACACUGCACUCAUACCGGCACACUGGUUGUUGAGCUUGAGAUCCUAUAGCUGCUUCUUCCAGCGCACCUCACUACUCUGGUGCUUUAAAGUUUCACAUUUCUUCUCUUCCUGUUUCCCUGAGACUCUGUUGAAGCUCUUCCUGCCUGGCUUAUAAACAUCAUGACUGUGGGACUCUGUGGAGGAGCAGCCUACUGGCUUUCUGUGUCAGAUGACAGCUGGAGAGAAGGACGGGCUUGACAGACGAGUUCGACACAGAUUGCAAACGGCAUCAUAGAGGCUGUCGUGUUUGCGGGGGAUCAUUGCCAGCUGAUACACCAGACUUGCAUUUUGGAUAAAGAGCCACCAUCGGCUGCACUGUGGCUGACCGCUGACCCCGAUCUUCAGCCUAGCCCCCUUUUGGGUCAUCACUGAGCUAAUAGAUCUGGGCCUGAUGUGGAAUUUGACCCCGACUGACCCUUUCCUACAAGUAGCCUUUAACCAAGCUUGAACUGGGAAAAAUCAAGGAUAAAAGAGCGAGAGGGGCGACAGAAAAGAAAGGAGGAAGAAAAAGAGAGAAGUGAGAGCAGCAGCACAGCGACCGCAUGCCGGUGGAGACGCUGCGGCCCUCAGACGGCCAUCUGGCCGGGGUUCCCUUCACCUCAGCCAUGCCCUUCAGGAUUCUUAACAAGGGUCCGGACUACUUCCGUCGUCAGGCGGAUCCAGGGGCUCGUAAACUGAGCGCAGUAGAACGUUUAGAGGCAGACAAGGCCAAAUAUGUAAAAAGCCAGCAGGUAGCCCUCACCCGCCAGGCUCCUAUCAAACCACCUAUCAUUCGAAAGCCCCUCCUUUCUCCGGGGAUGAUGCUCCAGUGCCAAAUCAGCACUCCUCCGGCCCGCAAAGUUCUCCGAUGCCCAGCUGAUGUGGAGAACAGAGGAGGGAGAGAGGGGCCUGGAGGGAGGAGAGGACCUGCUCUUAACCUGGAUAUUCUCAAUAAUCUUAUCAAUGAUGUAUGUGAUGGACCAGUGCCAUGUUCUCAGUCCUCUUCCUCCACCUCCCCCUCCUCGUCAUCUCCAUCAUCAGGAGCUAAGAGCAUCGGUAGUAGCCUGUCAGCAGAACAGGAGAGAAGUAACCGACUCCUUAACAACCUCAAACCACUGAAUCACUGCACGAUCAACUCCUCAUCCACCUCCUCCUGCACCUCCUCUCCGCUCAACAACAACCUCAAGACUCAGACAGCAGAGCCAGCCCGUCGUCCGCCCCCUGUUCCAGCACGAGCACCCCGCAUUGGGGUUCAGGCGCUUUAUAGCGGCCCUAACUCAGUGACAGUGCGCAGGGUGGACGUCAGACCUCAGGCUGAGAUAAGGAAGCCUCUGAGGGUACAGCUGCAGCCCCCACUCAGGCCCAGACAGACUGCCCAGGGCCAGGUCGCUCACCCAAAUGUCCCACCUCCUCCACCCCCUCAGAACAAACCUAAACCCCAGCUCAACACCCCAUCCCAAACCUUGCCCCCACCUCCAGCGUACCCACCACCCAGUCCCUUGCUGGUCCGAGCUGGCAUGAUCCCUCCAGCCUCCCCUGCUUUCACUCGUAUAUCUAACGCCAGCUCUAAGGGAUCCUCCCGUAAGCACCCAGCCUUGCACCGCUCCAAAUCGGACCUGAGCGACCGCUACUCCCGUGCAACAGCCGACCUGGAGCGCUUCUUCAACUACUGCGGGCUGGACCCGCAGGAGGUCGAGGGCAUGGGGGGAGUGGAGCUUUUUACAAGAGCCAACUCAGACAUUGUGUCCGUGUCCAAGCUUCGCAGCGUCAGUACGCCUAGCUCAGAGGCUGAGCGGAUGAGGGAGGACGGAGGAGACGAGGAGGAUGAGGACUCACCAGCCAGAGCCAACGAACGUGUGCCCUACGGUAUCUCAGUCAUCGAGAGAAACGCUCGAGUCAUCAAGUGGCUGUACGGCAUCCGUCAGGCGCGGGAUACAAACAAUGCUGUCUCUAAUGUAUAGACUCAAAAGGACUUGAAAAGACUUGCUUGAAAAAAAAAAAAACAGGGAAGUGCUACUUUUUGUAUGCAUACACGUCUGAAGAGGUGGAGCCCAUCUGUUCAUGUUCUGCUGCCUUACAUCACAUUGUUAUGGAAAUGACACAUCAGUGGUUUUAAUCCGGGCUGCAGGUCAGGACUGCUUCCCUGCUGGACUGAAUGGAACGAUACCUUUCCCUUCUCUGUCACUUGAUCUUUAUAAUGAUAUUGAUAUACAAAGCAAUAAUAGACUGGUAUGAAUAAUGAUGGUGAGAAUGAAGGCGAAGGAUGCUUGUGUUUUUUUUUCCUCCUGUAAAGGUACUUAAAUUGUGUGUGUGUGUGUGUGUGUGUGUGUGUGUGUGUGUGUGUGUGUGUGUGACACUCUAGAGAUCUUAGCAGAACAAAGCCAAACUGGCUGCAAACUGUGAGAGACUCUGGUGCUGCACAGUGUUGUGACUGGUGAACAAGCUAAGAAGAGAAACACAUUGAUACUGUGAAACUUCACAUAAAAACUUUCAUAAACACAUUUGUAUUUAAAAAAAAAAAAUGUUUGGCUGUAAGACUGUUAAUAUACAUAUUUAUGUCUGCAUGCAAGUAAACUGUUUAUUUUCGGGUUUAUCAUCUCGACAAAGCACAGGCCAUCACUCUCACGAAGAUAAUCACGUCACGACGCAGAUGCACAUUCAGGUCAAGUACAGUAAAUAUGGCAGCAGCUGCACUUAGUGCUGUCUGUAUAUCUUGCUUUAAUAUUGUCUAGUUCUGUGUUUGCACCAGAAACAAGGUCACGUCUUGGAUUAUGCUACUCUCAAGCAGCAAGUAGAAAUCUGUUUACUAUACUGUGUCUUGGAAAUGAUGAGAGAGUAAGCCAUAUGGUGAGAGAGGAUCUGAGGAGUGGAUAGUUAAAGUAAGUGUAGUAUGAAAAAGUUAUUUUGCCUCCACAAAGAUGGAUAAAGUUAUGGAUAAAAGGAAGACUGACAAGUAUGUACUCGUGGAUAGAAAUAAAGAUAUAUCUAUGGUGUAUAAGUACUGAAUGUCUGCGGUUCUGGAAGAGUCUCAGGAAGAAUGACUGGGUAAAUUAAAAAUGGACCAAUUUGGAAAACAUGUUUUAUAAAAUCCGACAGCUAUGUGUACAGAAUUCAAUAUUUGCUCUUAAGUGCAAUCUGAUCAUAUCUACUACAAUAACAGUAAAUGGAGACGAUAGAGUAUUUAUUUGACAGGAGCAAGAGAGUCGCUCUGUCUCCCAUGUUCAUGUUCUCUACCCUGCAUUUACUUUCUUUAACUUCAGGGUAUUCUGUAUGAGCACCAGCUGGUCUUUUCUCUUUGUACCUAUCACAGGUGGAUUUCCGUGUUGUAUCAGUCAGAUCAGAGCUGGAGAACAAGUCAGCUGUGAUGUUGAACAAAGUGUGCAGUUUGAACCAGGCACUGGUUGCCCAAAGAGUCUUCAAUGAGAGAGAUCCAAAAUGCUUUAUAAUGGUGAAUUCUUAACAGUGAAUAAAACAUGUUAGACUA